CCGAGUUCUCACGAAUGCACAGGCUCCUUCGAUUGCCUCGAUUGACCUCUUGUCCCCUUCCGGCGCUCCGACGAACAAGCCUAAGCAUAUCGGACCCCUUCUCAAGACCUACGCCUUCAUACAGCUAUCCGUAUCGCCAUGUUCAUGGAUUCUCUAAGUGGGCCACAAGGUCACCAAUCCGGAACAUUCUUCUAGUUCGGAAGCCGCAGGACUCCAGAGUAUCUCAAGCGCUUUAUCGUGUAGUACUAGAGUUACGCAAGAUCAAUCCGGAUAUCCGACUUUUCUAUGAAGCCUCUGUGAUCCCCCAGGAUGCUCCUCCAAACGCAGAACUAUUCGAGCCUACUAACUUGCCACUAUCUACCCCUUCCUCGUCUUCUCAACCCCCAAUUGACCUGGUAAUAACCCUCGGAGGCGAUGGGACUAUCUUGCACGCGUCAAGUCUUUUCAACAAUGGGCCUGUACCGCCAGUGCUAAGCUUUUCACUCGGGACGUUAGGUUUUUUGCUUCCAUUUCACAUCGAUUCAAUGGAACAAGCUCUCAAGGAUGUUUUCUGUGGGAAGAUGUCUAUCCUUCCCCGAAUGAGGCUCUCUUGCAGAGUAAGACCGAAAGGGUUCAAUGAUUUGACCGAGGAGGAAAGCAGCAUCACUCCUUCGAGAUGGCAAGUCAUGAAUGAAGUAUCACUACACCGAGGAAGCAGUCCGCAUCUAGUCACUGCUGACACGUAUGUUGACGACCAGCAUCUCACCGAAGCCAUCGCUGACGGUCUGAUUGUGGCGACCCCCACCGGCUCAACCGCAUACUCACUGUCUUCAGGGGGUCCCAUCGUGCAUCCAGCGGUACAAGCCAUGCUCUUGACGCCUGUCAGUCCGAUGAGCCUAUCCUUUCGACCGCUUGUCCUUCCGAGCUGGUCCAAGAUGCGCAUCGAGAUCAACGAAAGAAGUCGUUCGUCAGCCUACAUCUCAAUGGACGGGAGAGAGGCCGGAAUUUUGCAUCCCGGUGAUUGCGUUCUAGUCGAAGCGUCACCCUGGCCGAUACCUUGCAUCAAUGUUCAUCGUGUGAGUCCUUCGCAAGACACGACGGGAGACCAAUCCAGGGGGGAAUCUUUGGGACAUGACACUUGGGUCAGGGAUAUCAACAUGCUGCUUGGAUUUAAUGUUUCCUUCAAAGCAAAUACUGGUCGUUAGAGCUGACUUUGUGCCACUUGGCAUGACAGGAGCUACCCUGGCCCAACGUACUAAACAGUAAAGCAUAGAGCGCAAUUAGCGCACCCGCCAACCAAGCAAAAAUAAUCUAGUACAACGUAUAUACCGGACAGGAACUGGAUCCCCGGCU